AUGGCUGUUAUGAUUGGUGAAAAUCCAAACAAGAAUAUAAAGAAUCGAUUGAGUAUUAACCAAGCUACCACUUGUUCACUUGAUGAAGGGUUCCAAAAUAAAUGUACAAUCAUUGCAAUUGAAAAUGUGCAUAGUGAGAGUACCAGUACGAAUGCACCCAUUACUUGUUUCAAAAACACUGAUUUAGUUGAAUCACGUAGACCACUUGACAAUUUCUUAUAUUGUCUCCAAUAA